AUGGCACUGAAUUUAAAAUGCACCGUGGCCAUGUCACAUCUUGAAAGUGGGCAAAUCCAAGUCUUCAAACAUUUCAUGCACUCAAAACACUUCGCUCACAUGGUCUCAAAGGUAUCAAACUAUUAUUCGACAUCACAGAAUCACUCACCAUCUCACCCGCACAUCAAAUAUGCGCUGCGCAGUGGAGGGUCUGGGGGUUUUAAUAUUGAUAACAAAACUGCUCACAACGGGAGGCCAUUUUUUGUUAUUAAACGUCUUAUUGGAAGUUCAGACCAAAAAUAUCACAAGUCAUGGGCACCUGUAGCGGAAGUGAAUUAUUUCGACAAAACCGCGUCAUGUGAUGAGGACGUAAACAAAGAAAAAGGUAUUGACGAUGUUUUUUUGUCCGACUACAAUCCUUUCGUUAACAGAAGAAACAUGGAAAUAUAUAAGUGUAAAAAAUUCAAAAAAGGACUCCACAGUGGGGCGAUAGAAUUGAAAGGUUUUCAAAGUGACGACGGAGAUCAUCAAUGUAGUCAUCGUUCGACUCUUCAAGCACAACUGACGCUCAAAAUAAAGAUGACAACCAUCAGAAAUUAUUCAUUGGAAAAAAUUAGGAACAAAUAA